AUGAAUGUGCUACUAUACGCUGCGCUUGUAUGCGCACAGUUAGCGCUGUCCGUAUGUAAGCCCCGAGUGAUUUGUUAUUAUCCCGACUAUCGGUUGGGACAGUUGCCGCCCGAAAACAUAGAUCCAACCCUUUGUACACACAUAUUAUUUUCAUUUCACAAAUUGGACCAGGGUAAAAAUGUGAUUGUCGACAGCACCGGCAGCGCACGACCCGAUAUAUACCGACGCCUUACGGCACUUAAGGGCCGCAACCCUGAGCUCAAAGUGAUUGUGGCGGCAGGUGGUGGUGGAGCCCCCGACGCACCAUGGUCGAAUAUGAUCAGCAAUCCUAGUCUGAGAGCGGCGUUUGUCACCAAUACUGUCGCCUAUUUAAAGCAAUACGGUUUCGAUGGUCUGGACCUCGACUGGGAGUUCCCGGUCUGUUGGGGCGGAGACUGUAAUAAAGGACCCGCGUCUGAUAAACCUAAUUUUGGCAAACUUGUCACG